AUGUCAACUACCUUAGACAACCUCCGGAACAAUUUUCGAGGCAUGAUCAUCGAACCUCAUGACCAACUUUACUCGUUGUUUCGACGCCGGUGGUCAAUUAAUGAAGAAGGCAACCCGAAGGUGAUCUUUCAACCUCUCACCGAGGCCGACGUGUCUGCAGCUGUAAAAUACGCUGUUGAGCAGCAACUCGAAAUUGCUGUCAACGUUGGAGGUCACUCGUUUGUCGGAGCAUCCAGUUCGGACGGGGUUAUCAUAGACCUAAGACGCAUGAACACAGUUUACGUGACGAACUCGGGAUACGGCAGCCCCGGAACAGUGACUAUGGAAGGAGGUGCCUUGGUCAGCGACGUUGCCAGGACCUGUGAAGAAAGUGGCGUCUUUGUGUCCCUCCCAUCUCACAAAGAGAUCGGGUAUGCCGGCUUUGCGCUCGGCACGGGUGCUGGAUGGGGCAUGGGAGUUUGGGGCUUGGCUGUUGACAACCUGAUCUCGGCUAGGCUCGUCCUCGCCAGUGGAGAGGUCGUCGAAGUGUCCGAAACCUCUCACCCCGAGCUGUUCUGGGGACUCAAAGGAGCGGGGUAUAAUUUCGGUGUUGUGACGCAACUCACAUUCCGCGCUAUCCCUUUGACGACAAAGGUGUUCUUCGGGUCGAUUAUCUACCCGAUUGAACAGAUCGAAGCUGUCUUUCAAGCACUCGAUAAGUACGACACUACACAAAAGGAUGAGGACAUGGUUUUCAUGGUAUUGCUACCCCACAAUCCGAAUGGACCUCCUGAGACUAUACUCUUGAUGCCAUACUAUCACGGGGACGAUAUCGCCGAGGCUCGGAAGCGGUUCGAUGUCUUCUUUAGUAUUCCCUAUCUCAAGGAUGAAACUAGGCUGAUGUGGUUCCACGAGACUGCGGACCUAUAUCCCGAUGCGCUCUGGCCUUAUACGCGUCGCUUGUCAAACGGUUCACUGGUGACUCGAGUCGGACCAGACGUCUUUCUUCCUGUCGUGGACCGUCUACACCAAUGGUACUCCGCCAAACCUGAAAGAAGACCAGGAAGUUCACUCUUUGUGGGUAUGUACAGUUGGCGCAAAGUCUUGAAGCCCGCUAGCGACAAGACUUCGGCCUGGCCGCCGUCACGAGAGCGACCAGGAGACGGUAAUAGGCUCUGGAAAGACGUUGCUAUCUACCUUGGAUAUGGCGACGAAGAAGAAACUCCUACUGCCGUGACUGCUUCGAAACAGAUGGUCAAGCUCCUGCGUGAAAAGCAUCAUCAGGCAGUUGGCAAAGAUGUCAUCAAAGGUCUCGUCUACCCGAAUGCGGGGGUGCUGCCUGAGUUCACAGGCGAAUACAUGUACAAGGACAAUUUCCCUCGCUUGCAGGAACUCAAGACAAGAUAUGAUCCUGCUAAUGUUUUCCAUAAAAAGCAUCCGAUCAAUGUAUAG